AUGGCUCUCUCACAGAAGCUCAAGAGCUACCGCAAUGCCAACGAGGAGACGAACACGGAGGGUCAACUGAAGUCAGUUCGUCAGAUGUCUCUGGCCGAUCUGGAGAAGGAAGUGAUUCAGUUUGGCAAGGCCAAGUGCGGCCAGACUUUCAAGACCGCCUUCGAGGACGGGAGAUGGACGGACUGGUUUGUGACAACGUACGAAUCCAGCACCAAGAUCGAGCAUGCCAAGUACAUCACCUAUGUCAGCAAACGGUUGGAUGCCGAGAUUGCGACAGACACCAAAAAGUACCGGAACGCGGGGCUGAAGAAGGAUUCUCUACCCACCACCAGCAAGACCUCUCCAAAGGAGGAACCAGGGUGGGAAGAAGCAUCCGAGCUCAGCGAGUUCGAGGAGAAUCACAAUCUUCGAGGCCGAAUGACGCAGAUCGAGAUGGCCAUCCAAGAGCUCAUCACUCAUGCGAAAGCACUGACGCCAUCACAGUAG